AUGGCCACUUUUCAUCAUCAAUCCUUAAAAAUGGCGGCAAUACCCUGCUCCUCCUCAUGGUUCUCCUCUUUCCCUCCAAUCCCCAAAACCGUGGCCUUUCCAUCUUCAACCAUCUCUCCAUUACCUUUGGUGACCAGAGCUCUUUCUUCCACAGCCUCCACUACCGCCAUCUCCACUCCAGCCACCGCCCCAAUCCCGUCUGAAAAUCCCAAAGUGUCUAAGCCUCAAUGGAAGGCGUCAAUAGACUUCAAGUGGAUAAGGGAUAACAAAGAGGCAGUUGCUGAUAAUAUAGCCAACAGGAACUCCAAUGCCAACCUGGAGCUUGUACUUGAGCUAUAUGACAGGUUACUGGAUCUUCAGAAGGAAGUUGAAAGGCUUCGAGCGGAGAGGAAUGCAGUUGCCAACAAGAUGAAAGGGAAACUAGAACCUUCUGAGCGUCAGAAACUCAUAGAAGAAGGAAAGAAUUUGAAAGAAGCUCUUGCUACUUUAGAAGAAGAUUUGUUAACACUCACAGAUGAGCUUCAGCAGGAAGCUCAAUGUAUACCAAAUAUGACACAUCCAGAUGUGCCAAUAGGAGGAGAAGAUGCAUCUACUUUGAGGAAAAUGGUUGGUGAACCUCCUAAGUUCAACUUCCCCAUCAAGGACCAUGUACAACUUGGAAAGGACCUGGAUCUGUUUGAUUUUGAUGCUGCUGCUGAGGUUAGUGGCUCUAAAUUCUACUACCUGAAGAAUGAAGCUGUUAUGUUAGAAAUGGGUCUUAUAAAUUGGGCAGUUGGAGAGGUAAUGAAAAGAGGCUUCACACCUUUGACAACACCAGAAAUAGUGCGUUCAGCUGUUGUUGAAAAGUGCGGUUUUCAACCUCGUGGAGCAAAUACUCAGGUUUACUCUAUCGAGGGAAGUGAUCAAUGCCUGAUUGGAACCGCGGAGAUUCCUGUUGGAGGAAUUCACAUGGAUUCCAUUCUUCCGGAGUCCUCUCUACCUCUGAAGUAUGUAGCAGUCUCCCAUUGUUUCCGUACUGAAGCAGGUGCUGCAGGUACUGCAACUAGGGGGCUUUACAGAGUUCAUCAAUUUAGCAAGGUGGAGAUGUUUGUACUCUGUCGACCAGAAGAUAGCGAUGCUUUCCACAAAGAACUCAUUGAAAUUGAAGAGUCACUUUUCUCAUCCUUGGGUCUUCAUUUCAAAACAUUGGAUAUGGCAUCAGAGGAUUUAGGUGCACCAGCAUAUAGAAAAUUUGACGUGGAAGCAUGGAUGCCGGGUUUGGAUCGGUAUGGUGAGAUUUCAAGUGCAUCAAACUGUACAGAUUAUCAAAGCAGAAGAUUAGGUAUUCGAUUUCGUCCAGAAUCAUUAUCACCAUCACCAGCAAGUCCUAAAAAGAAGGGUAAAGGCAAUUCUGCUCCCACCCAAUUUGUGCAUACACUGAAUGCAACAGCUUGUGCGGUUCCGAGAAUGAUCAUAUGCUUGCUCGAGAAUUACCAGCAAGAAGAUGGCACUGUAGUUAUACCUGAGGUUUUGAAGCCUUUUAUGGGUGGGGUUAACUUAAUUUCGUACAAAUAUAAGUAG